AUGAGACGAGUUGUUCUUGAUGUUGGAGGGACCGAGUUUGUGACGACUGUCGAAACACUAACCUCCAUCCCGGAAACGUAUUUUGAGGCUUUGUUUAACCGAUGGUCUGAUGGCGAACCCUCGAGUAGCAGCAUCUUUCUAGAUCGCGAUCCCACACAUUUCCGCCAUAUAUUGAAUUUCUACCGCAAUCGCGUCGUCCCCGUUGGCCUCUCUGCACAAGAAAAGCAAGAACUGAGCGCUGAAGCUGCAUUUUAUAAUAUUCAAGAGUUAACGAGCGCCUUGGAAGGAACAAUUCAGCUGGCUAUCGGAGAUACCAUUUAUCUUACUGACAGCUCCAUCGAAAAAUUCGGCGCCUUCCUGGGCGGUUACCCCGCUCGAUCGUGCAGAAUUUGUAUGGGGAUGCUGAACCCGGCGAAUAUAUUUGCUGACCAAUGCCAGCUGUGUCGAAUUCCCACCGACAGAUGGGUUUGGGGAUGUCUUCUGGUUUGUUCAGAAUUAUGCACCUUCCUACCCGAUGUCAGAAUCAUUUCGGUGCUGCUCACGAAACGCCAAAGCCCUGUAUCAAAGACG